CGAUGACCGAAUUCACGAUGACUGCCUUGCGAUGAUGUCUCUCACCUGUAGCGAAUUCCUGCCGGUCAUCCUGGCAGCAAUGUUGUAUUGGCAUCGGCCACCGGGAGCAAAGAAAGCGUUGUCCACCCCCCGCAGCCACCAGUAGCCGUUGCGGAACUCGAUCAUGCCGGAGCCGCUUGAUCCAGGAUUCCCGUCAAAUGCAUGCCUCACGCUCAGCCGCGUCCGCCUAGAGCCGGCCCGGUUGCAUCGGAUGUUGAAGUCAUCUGUCGGUACGACCACACAGUCAAUUGAGAAAAGCAUGCAUUCAUGCACUUUGCCUGCCUGCCUGCCCCCACCUACCUCGAUUCUCGCAAUAGACUCGUUCGCGGUCUGAGUCGUCGGGGAGCGAAGGGUAGGAGAGCACCCAUACGUUGAUCCUGGAGGGGGGGAAGGGGAAAGGCGAGCAAAAGCUCCCAAUCGGCACAAAGGCUUUCAU